UGUAGUUGCUUAAUAUUACUCAGUACUUGAAUAUAAUUACACUGUAACAAUGACACCUUAAAAUAAUAAUGUGCAACCCAUUUUAAGUGUCUCUUAACUGUCCAAUUAUAUUUUUAGGGCCACUGAAUGUCUACUAAAAGAAAAAGAAAAAAAGAAAAGAUCUAGGCUUAAAAUUGGAUAGUGUAUGAGAGGAAACUGACUGUGAGUGAAGAGGGUUAGCCUGUCCGGUAACCUGAUUAGUGGUGCCCUCUCCAUUCCUCAACCCCAAAAUAACUCUACACUCAGCCUACUAAUUCUUUACUGGGUACACACACUUCCACAAACUAGACUAUGGCAAAGAACACAAGGCAGAGAGAGUAAGGUCACACUGCCUUACUGUAAAACGCUCCGCUCCAUUAGUUCUGAUGUCCAACAGAACGAUAAGCCAUAUUCAUCUGUAGAUGUGGAUGACGAGUUUAUGGAGAUCUGCAGUGCCUGUAUGACUGAUCAAAAUAGUCAUAAACUACUAACAACUAGAGUUUAUUUUUGGACCAGGACUGAAUAUUUAAUAGGUCAAUAUGAUGCGAGACGAGUAUUUGGUGGAGUGUAAUAUUGAUGAUGAUGAUGAUGAUGAUGAUGAUGAAGAAGACUAUGAUGUGAAGAAGAUCCAGCUGUCUCCGCGACCUCCACCACAGUUCUCCUCCACCCCUUCCCUCGCUCACGUUGAGAUCAGGGAUCCCUGUGGAGUCAACAAACACUUGAAGGUAGAGUUUAGCGAUGUUUUGGCAGAGCCCGCGCCCACACACAGCUACGACCGCGUGUGGGUGUACAGCGGGAUCGCCUUCGAGUCCGCGCGGCUGUGGGUGUACCGCUGCCUGACUGCGCUGUUUGCGGUUCCCUUCUCCUGCCUCUGCGGCUGCCUCCUUGCCCUGCUGGCCUGUAUGCACAUUUGGUGUGUGAUGCCCUGUAUUCAGGUGUGUCAUACCUGCCUGCCCUGUGUGAGGUCACUGUGGAUAAGUGUGGUUAAUAUCUUCAUCACUCCAUUCUGCACAUCUGUGGCUCGCUGUUGCAGUGGCAUAUAUGUGACAGUCUCCAAAGACUGAUGAAACACAAUUAAGAAGGAAUUUGAAGAAGCUUAUUAAACUGCUUUCCGAGUCUAAAAAAAGCAUAAAAAAAGUAUUCAAAACAAUUUAAAGAAGAGGAUUACAUGCUAUUAUAGCCUGUAGAUUUUUAAUUAUAUAAUAAUAAUAGUUUAUAUCUUAAUGUAAUACAUUUUUUGAUAACACUUUAUUUCAAU